CGCCGGCGCCGACCUCACAAAAAAUGGCGGCAGAAGAGGUGGAUUUGUUAUCGUCUGACUUCGAUCCGGAAUUAGCACUAAGGUCAACAAAUGUCGCGUUGCCUUUCCCCAAUGCUAAAACGUUUGAUAAUUUAGCGCAAUACAGAAAUUUUGCCAUUGGAAAAAUAAAAUCAAAACCUAAAUCGAAAACUGAGCAAAUAACGGAGGAAAAUGAAAAAGUCUUACAACAAACCUCUGAAGAGCCUUCCACUUCAAAUAUCUCUAAACAACAAAAACAGGAUGUAAUAAUACGAAUGAAAACAUCUUUUAAUAAAGGACCUUUAUAUGUACUUACUAAAUGUGUCCAAGAAUGCAAGAGAAUUAAGGUCGUUACUAGAAAUCAUACAGAAAUUCGAGGGACAUGUACAGGCUAUGUUAUAGCUUUUGAUAAACAUUGGAAUCUUGCCAUGAGAGAUGUAGAUGAACUGUAUAAGAAAUCAACUAAACUUAAAACUCCAAUUCUUAGGAAUUUUAAUACAAAUGACUUUUUUGCAUUUCAACAAUUUGAUUCUGAAACACUUGAAAAUUCUGAAGAAGAUGCAUCAUUCACAUCACUUUCUUUUCAUCCAGUUUCAUGUUUUGUAUCUGGAAAAUGUAUUUGCACAGUCGAUGCAGAAACAAAAAUAAAAAAGAAUAAAGAAAUUAAACAGAUGGUGCAAGAUGCACAUACUGAUAUUAGUUUAGAUACAUCUACAAGCAAUACUGAAAACUUGAAAACUCUUACAACAGACAAUGAUGCCAGUAAUGAAAGAGUAAAUAAACUUAGUGAAAAUUUAGACUUUUUUGAAACUUGUGAAAAAGACAGUGUUACUAUGACUAUAAAAGAACAUCCAAGAAAGAAAAAGAGUAAGAAAAAGUUUGAUACAUGUAAGAGACAUUUGAAUCAAGUCUUUAUUCGAGGUGAUAAUAUUGUAUUGGUUCAAAUACUUGAGUGUUCCUAACAUUUAGUUCAUAAGAAUGGAAGUUUAUUCCAUCAGACUCUUUUCAUAUGUAUUGUAAUUAUAAAUCAGUAAAUUUGUAACAUUUUAUGUCACUUUGAUGUAAGUGUAUAUAAAAUGUCAUAUGAUAAUUUUUUUAAAAUGAUGAUUUUAAACAAAUAUGAUAAUGUACAAAAUAAAAACUUAUUUUAACUUCAUAAAAUCUAACUAGUGAGCUUUUUGUUUUA